CAGUUCUGGUUUACGUCACGGCCCGGUCGCACUGUGGUAGGCGGGCUUCAGACGCGAGUCUUGUGUCGCUGGCGCUGUUGUUUUCGUGAUGGUCUCACUUAGCGUUGUUAGAACACUGGCAUUUGCUCAGUGACGGGUCAGUUUGUGAAGGAGGAGUGGUCGCCUAAAUCCAAGCCUUGGUACUGCACUAUUCCGUCACUGAAGGCCUGGGAAAGAUGGAUCCUGCCCUGUCAUCUCCAUUCCUUAAUGACGAGCUGAGCUUAACCGUGGAGCAGGCGGUGAAGACAGCCGUGCAGACAGUGUUGUGUGAGGUGACCGUGUUCCUCAGCAGACAGCUGGCUGCUUUACGUCUAGGCUUAUCGGAGAAAGAACACGAAAUCGUCCGGCUCACCGCAAGGUUGGAAGCGCUGCAGAGCAGAAGUAGCUGCGGCCUAGACGUUCACGUUGUUUCGGGGUUCGGUGACUCAAGGCGGCCGCUUGAGGAUGUUCGCGUCCACCCAGAACCUGUGGAAGUCAACCGGCCUGGGUCUCCAGCGAAAAGCAGACGGACACCACCGCGAACGCUGGAGAGGAUGCGCCCUCGGGUUCGGCUGUCUGCCUACAAGCUUCCUGCUGGACUCCGAGCACCACUAGCCAACAGCGGUACGUGUGGAGUGCGUCUGGAGCAGCGCUGGCCGAGUCGGCGGACAGCGGGAAGGAGAGGUAGUGAAGGCUUCAAAGAAAACUUGCCUUGUCCCCCAGAAGCUAGCGAAACUUUGAAGGCUUCACCCAUCACCAUUGUGGAUGAUGCUGAAAGAUUAGAAAUAUAUCAUAUUAAACAAGAAGUCUCUGAACAUUUCAGAACUAAUUCUUCAAAGUUGGAAAAUAAUGCUAAGUCACAGACAAGCCUCCACAAUCAAGAAGGAGUUGGAGGAGCCUGCAUUCUUAUUAAAGAAGAGGACUCUGAUAUAGAGCCAGUUUAUAUUGGUGAGGAAGGUUCAGAAUUAGCAUCUAUAGAUGUGAAAAAGGAGAUCUCUAAACAGAUGCAUAUUUGUAGGAACACAGAAGAACCUGAGCAACAGUGCAAUGGGAACUGUGAUGUGGAAUUUUGCUCAUUUAAGGAGGAUGAUGUCAAGCCUUUGAAUACUGCUGAUUUGUAUCAAGCACCAUUAGGUGAACAACUGUGCUGCAUCCUUUCAGAAGACCAUGACUACCAGAGUCUUAAAUUUUCUGGCUUUGAGAUUUCUGAUAGUGAAUCAGAGGACAUGUGUACUCCAACUAACUCUCCCACCUCUUAUCAGGGUCCUGGCAUCAACACAAGUAAUGCUAGUAGAAAACUUCGGCUCUAUCAGUUCUUGCUUUCUGUACUGCAUGCUGGUGAGAUGCGUGACUGCAUUUGGUGGGUCAAUCAAGAGCGAGGAAUCUUCCAGUUUUCUUCUAACCAUAAAGAACAACUUGCACAUAGAUGGGGACAGCAGAAAGGAAACCGCAAAACCAUGACAUAUGAGAAAAUGGCACGAGCACUCCGCAACUAUGGAAAGACGGGUGAGAUCCUAAAAGUGAAGAAGAAGCUCACUUACCAAUUUGAUAAGACUUUACUGCUGAAGAGUUUACAAAACUGCACUGAUUCUGUUUUACAUCACACUUGAUCAUGUGCCAUCACUCAGGGUUAAUUCCCUUCUUUAGCAGUCUGCAGGCUAGCUUUAGUCUUGACUGUAAUGGUUCAUCAGCUAACCUAUACUGUUUACAUCUAAAAUAAUGCUGUCAUACAGUGGUGGAUAGUUGUUAAUAUAGGGAGCAAAGCAACAACCAACUAAAGUCAUUAGGUCUUAAAAUUUAUUUCUUUUAAUUACAGCGAUUCUCAACAGAAAAGUGGAUUAAAAUAAACAAAUGCAACAGUUUUUAAUUAUACAUUUUUGUUAUUGUAUGCAGCAUAUUUAAAACUGUUGGAAAAAUAGCAAAAAAGUAGUAGUUAAUUAAAGGAUUGUGAAUUUAUAAAACUGGGAAUUCCUCAUAAACAUAUUUCUAUGUUGCAUAUUUUGUAGUAUUUAGUGAUGAGCAUUAUACUGUCACAAGACAUGACACGUUUCUAGUUAUCAGCAUUAUCACUCCAUAGAAUCACUUCAACUGAGGAUUACUUAAAAUGGCAAGUUUUUUAAGUGUGGAUGUUCCCCUACACAAGCAUGAGGAGAACAAGCAAACUCCACACUGUGAGUACCACAACCUGAAAUUGAAACUUGGUCUGAUUGCAAAGAGGUGGUUGUGUUUUGUAAGUGGAACAGAUUUGUAAUUUAAGCAAUUGCAAUUUUAACAGUAUUUUCCAUAAUGCUAAUGUCUAUCUAUUUAAUGUUAAAAUGUUAAUCACAUUUUCCAUAAACAUUUUUCAAAUGAUGCUGACAUUUUGUUUUAUUUAUACAUUUUGAUUAUUUGUUGCAGCAUCAUGCUGCUUUUUCAUUAGUCCUUUAAAUGUUUAUUUUAUUUUCUAAUUCAUAAAUCUUAAUUUUAUAUUUAUUUAUUUGUAGUUCUUUACUAUGGAAAAUGGAGCGAUGAAAUGCUUUUCCCACCAUCUUUAUAUAUAAUAUGCUACCGUGGCUGUCCGUUUGUCUGUCCAGGAUUUUAAAUCACCUGGAGCUCGCAAACCGUUUGACCUAUUGACCUGGAAUUUGGAACACAUAUACUACGUGACGUCUACUGUCUGCUUUCGGGGUGAUGAUUGACCUCCAAGGUUAUUCCUCUUUUUAUUUUUAAUUUUAUUUUAUUGUAGAAUCAACUUUCGACAGCGGCCAGCAGGGCGGCCGUGCAGCACAUGCGUACGGGCGCCAUUCUCAUCCCUACCACCUUCAGCGUCACUUCAUCUACCUCUUCAUAUCUUAAAUCAUUCUUGAGGCAGAUUGAAGACUUAAGUGCCAGCUUAGGUGAAAAAUUAAAGAAAACAUACUAAGUAAUUGCAACACAAAAACUGACAAUCAGUUUUAAUGCAGAAAGCUGCCGACAAAAGAAAAGAAAAGAAGCGGGCCAAUAGGGUGGAGAAAAGAAGAGCUGCUCACGAAGCAGCAAGCACAUCAACCUCUGAGCAAAUGAGUGCUAAACGUACAGAGAAAGAAAGAGUAUGAAAACUAUGAAUGCUCAAGUCAAGUUGUAUUCACUGCAUGUUAUUGUGCAGUGUGCCGUUACUGGUGUUAAAUAUUGUUAGAUUGUGUUUCAUAAAAAGUAACAUCAUAUGAGACAGUUCUGACAAAGUAAAUUAAAGUUUUAUUAAUUGAACUUUAGAAACCAACCCAGUAUCAGCACUAAAAUAAUUAUGAGGUAGUUCUAAACAAAAAGGAUUUAAUGAAUAGAAUGAUCAGCUCAGCCAUGUUGGUUAUCUUCGCUAAAAAGUCUAAUGGGGCACUGGGACUUGUGUUACCACGUAAACAAGUAUAACUGCUUCUUGCAUUCUAUGUUUUAGAGCUGAGCGAUCUCUACUGGAAAUGGUAACAAGGAGACAUAUGCAAGUGUAGACAUACUGACAAAGUCGCGGUGAAGCAUGCAGACACGAUGUUCUAUCCAGCAUCUGACCUGUGGCCUUAACAUUUAUUUGACUGACACUCUGUGUCAUUAGAAUGAUUAGCAUUGGUGGAAUAUCACCCUCAAGUAAGAGCUGCAUUCAUGACAGGACUGAGUACCGUAUCGGCCUGCAAUUCUGACCUCAAAAUGGGUGAAGCUAUACAGUAAGAUUGCUUCUCCCUUGCAAAUUCACUUUGAGGAAAGUUGAGCUCACAGUUUCCAAGGAGGAAGUGGAAGAGAGGCAGGGGUACAUAACUGUUAGAAAAGCUUUAAGCACUUUAAUGUGAGAAGAACUUUUAUGUGAAUAAGACACACAACUGGCAUACAAAUACAGUUUAUUCAUGGAUAUAUCAAUUCCAAAAAAGUUGCUUGUACUUUAAAUGAUUUUAUUUUUUUAAAUGUCUGUUUAUGGUGUAAACAUGUUGGUAUAUACAUUUAAUAGAAAAUGAAUCCAUGUAUUUGCAUGUGGUGAUUUCAUUUAUUUGUAUUUGUUGUUGUAUCCAUAUUUUUUUAAUAACAUGGUGCUUCUUUUCCACCCCAUCAACAUAGGUUUGACUGCUUAGUGUUGCAGUAAUUAUAAAAAAUAAAAGGAGAAAGUAAUUUGGAACAUAACAGUAUCAAGAGAAAGAACUAAACGCACAUAGAGUUACCAGUUAGGCUGGUAACAGUAGUGCUUUGGGGUCCUUCAAAAGUCAACUGGUUGCAAAUUUAGGUAAAUAGAGAUUGUUGGGCUAAUGGCUUGUUCUUGUCAAAACUGUUGUAAUGAUGAAAUAAUAAAAAUAACUUUUUGUAUGCCG